AUGCAGCAGGCCUUUCGCUCGCUGCCGGCCUGGGAGAAGCUCUUGCUGUGCCUGACGGCGACGUUCAUCCUCGCCACCAUGGUCUUCGGAGUGGCGGAGGAAAUCAAGCAGGUCGUCGAGAUGUGGGGUGAGUUCGGCGCGCCCUUCUCCUGCCACCAUCUGAGGGAGCCGACGCCUGGCUCAGACGGUUUCAUGAUGGGUGGAGGCCGCUUUUUGUGGAACUGGCUUAAAGAGCAGUCCGCGAUUUUAUCCGCCUACGACAGCAUUAAGGACAUGGUGGUCUUCUCCAGCAGCUCUUGCCCCUUCUGCAUAAAAGCCUUAGAUGCGCUCAGGGACGCAGGCUACAGCCCCACGGUGGUGGAGUCCUUCGACCGGUCCGCACUGGCCGCCAAGUGCGGGGGCUCCACAAGCGUGCCCAAGGUCUUCGUGAAACAAAACUUCAUCGGAGGCUGCAAUGAUGGCGGCAUGGGCGGCGCGCUUCCUCUUCUGAAGAACGGGAAGAUCAAGGUGUUCUCCUUACUGACCAGCCGAACGGAGCCAACAGAGCAGGCCUCGGCCGCGGACAUGGAGGAGCUCAUCAACUCCAAUGAUAUGGUGGUCUUCUCCAGCAGUUUCUGCCCCUUUUGCCGCAAGGCCCUUGCCGCGCUCAAGGACGCAGGCUACAGCCCCACGGUGGUGGAGUCCUUCGACAAAGCCGCGCUGGCCGCGAAGUGCGGCUCCACCAGUGUGCCCAAGGUAUUCGUGAAGCAGCAGUUCAUCGGAGGCUGCAAUGACGGCGGCAUGGGCGGCGUCCUGCCUCUGCUCCAGAGCGGAAAGAUCAAGGAGCUCAUGGGAUGA